GAGCUGAUGCUCUGACUCCAGGCUAGAGGGGCCCGGGAAGCUGGGGUCACUUCCUGCUCCGUCCCAGUCACCCUGAACUGGUCCCCGGGUCCUCAGCCUGGAAUCACCCCUUCUGAAGGACCCCGGAGUCCUGGGCAUCCAGCCCACCCCCCGAAGCAGGGCAUUCAAAGGGUUAAGUCUCCAGGGGCUGAACUCCGCUUUCCGGCUUUUCCAGACCCCAGAGCCGCUUCGGCUGGCACUUGCUCCAUCUCAGUUUACCUCUCAGCUGCCUCCUCCUGAGAUCUUGCCAUGUCUCCUUUACACCAAGUUCCCGUGCACUGGGUACCCAGGCCCCUCCCAGGGAUUCCCUUUUGGUGGAAAUGUGGGAAGGCCUUGUUUGGUUCCUGUGGCCCUGUUCCCUCAUUGUGGGAUCAAUGCAUCAUUUUAGGACUGGCAGCAGUAUUUUCUUCAGGAGGCUCAUGUUGAACUCUGGUUUCUCUGCUACCAUCUCGUCACAAACUAAUCUUUUUUAGGGUUGGUACUGGGGGUCGAACUCAUGACCUCACACUUACCAGGCAGGUGCUUAGCUACUGAGUUAUAUUCCCAGCCCACAAACUAAUCUUUAAAGGCAGAUAGACCAAAGGUUUCCAGAAACAAAGGGCAUCUAGCUCAUUCAUUCAACUUUCAGUCAUUCAACAAAAUAUUUAUGGAGCACCUAUUAUUAUAGGCCUGUGAUACAGCAUCAACAAAAUGGAAUAAAAGGACUAGAGAUGAGGCCCAAGAUGGGACUGGAACUGGAAGUCUUAGAAGAAUGAGAUUUUUCUUGAGCUCAUACAAACAGAUCACUAAAGCUAGUCACAGGUUCCAACCCCUCCUUUUAUAGCCAAAGAAAUUCUGGUCCCAGGAAUUUUUCCAACCCAUUCUCACGGCCAGCAGGAUCUGUCAGUGUUCUUCACUACUGGCCUCCUGCCAGCAGCCCACAAGUAUGAGUCUCACAUGACUUCCAAGGUCACCUCAUGCUCUGAGAGAGAGCCAAGCUAAACUGCAUUUGUGGGCUUAGUUCCACCACUUCCCAGUCUGGGACUUCGAGAAGUGUCUCCCACACUGAUUUACUAUUUUGUAAUGUGUCUCCCACAUCGAUUUACUAAUCUGUAAAAUGGACAACCUGAUUUCCACGUGUCCUCAUUGGGUUGUGGGAGGACAGAGUGAGACAGGAACACACCUGGCAGCGACCUUAUCCCUGGAGAUAUUUUCCUUUAUUUCUCUCCCUCCAGGCUCCUGCAGAAGCCCUUGUCUUUAAACUGCCCCUCCUCCACCACAGGUCGAACCCUCUUUCUGUUCUUAGAAAUGGGAAAGUAUCCUGGUCCUUCUGGAGAGCUCCUAUCCCCUCUUGGAAACUGGGGUUUUUUGUUUUUAUUUUGGUUUUUGUUUUGUUUUGUUUUUAAACUCUGUCAGCCUCAAUUCUCUCUAGGGCGCAUAGGGGUAAAAGUUUAUUGCAAUUAGUUGCCCCAUUAAGGAAAAUUGGAGUUUAAUGAGCUUCCUCUGAUUUGCAAAAUAACAGGUUUCCCAGCCUCUGGGCAUCAGAAGUGUAAGGGUCCUCGGAUCCCUUCUGGUCCUGAGCUCUGGGAUGGAGCCUGAAACAGCACUUUGGGGCCCGGAUCUGGAGGGUCCUGAAGAGACCACAAAUGAUGCUUCUGGAGGUGCUGAAAGUGGGAACGAAGCGGAGAGCCCUCAGGAGGAGAGUUCUGGGGAGGAGAUCAUCUUGGGAGACCCAGCUCAGAGUCCAGAGCCCAAGGACACAUCUGAGACACCCCCAGAGAGCCCUUCCCAGGACCCCUCAGCCUCUCAGGAACCCCCAGUCCCACUGGAUCCCUCCAACCCCUCAGACCACCAGACUCCAGCUCCUGAGGUAGUCCCUGCCCCAUCUGACUGGACCAAGGCCUGUGAGGCCAAUUGGCAGUGGGGGACCCUUCCCACCUGGAACAACCCCCCAGUGGUCCCUGCUAAUGAGCCCAGCCUGCGGGAACUGGUGCAGGGUCGCCCUGCAGGGGCUGAGAAGCCCUACAUCUGCAAUGAGUGUGGCAAGAGCUUCAGCCAGUGGUCCAAGCUGCUGCGACACCAGCGCAUCCACACAGGUGAACGACCCAACACCUGCUCAGAGUGCGGCAAGAGCUUCACACAGAGUUCACAUCUGGUACAGCACCAACGCACACACACGGGUGAAAAGCCCUACAAGUGCCCUGACUGUGGCAAGUGCUUCAGCUGGAGCUCCAACUUGGUACAGCACCAGCGCACACACACGGGUGAGAAGCCCUACAAGUGCACCGAGUGUGAGAAGGCCUUCACCCAGAGCACCAACCUCAUCAAGCACCAGCGGUCCCAUACAGGCGAGAAACCCUACAAAUGCAGCGAGUGCCGGCGGGCCUUCUACCGCAGCUCAGACCUCAUCCAGCACCAGGCCACACACACAGGUGAGAAACCCUACAAGUGCCCUGAGUGUGGCAAGCGCUUCGGCCAGAACCACAAUCUCCUUAAGCACCAGAAGAUCCAUGCUGGUGAGAAGCCCUACCGAUGCACUGAAUGUGGCAAGAGCUUCAUCCAGAGCUCAGAGCUGACCCAGCACCAGCGCACGCACACGGGUGAGAAACCCUAUGAAUGCCUUGAGUGUGGCAAGAGCUUUGGCCACAGCUCCACACUCAUCAAGCACCAGCGCACCCACCUGCGUGAGGACCCCUUCAAGUGCCCUGUGUGUGGCAAGACCUUCACCUUGAGUGCCACACUGCUGCGGCAUCAGCGAACGCACACAGGUGAGCGGCCCUACAAAUGCCCUGAGUGUGGUAAGAGCUUCAGCGUCAGCUCCAACCUCAUCAACCACCAGCGCAUCCACCGCGGUGAACGGCCCUACAUCUGUGCCGACUGUGGCAAGAGCUUCAUCAUGAGCUCCACGCUCAUCCGCCACCAGCGCAUCCACACGGGCGAGAAGCCGUACAAGUGCUCUGACUGCGGCAAGAGCUUCAUCCGUAGCUCGCACCUCAUCCAGCACCGGCGCACACACACUGGCGAGAAGCCCUACAAGUGCCCAGAGUGUGGCAAGAGCUUCAGCCAGAGCUCCAACCUCAUCACACACGUGCGCACGCACAUGGACGAGAACCUCUUUGUGUGCUCUGACUGCGGGAAGGCCUUCUUGGAGGCUCAUGAGCUGGAGCAGCAUCGGGUGAUUCACGAGAGAGGCAAGACCCCUGCCCGCAGAGCUCAAGGUGACUCCAUGCUCGGGCUUGGGGAUCCCACCUUGCUAACCCCACCACCUGGAGCCAAACCCCAUAAGUGUCUGGUCUGUGGCAAGGGCUUCAAUGAUGAGGGGAUCUUCAUGCAGCACCAGAGGAUCCACAUUGGAGAAAAUCCCUACAAAAAUGCCGAUGGUCACAUCACACACCCGGCUCCCAAACCUCCUCAGCUUCGAUCACCAAGGCUCCUUUUUGGAGGGAAUUCCUACCCAGGUGCUGCAGAGGGCAAAGCUGACCACCCAGGCCAGUCCCUUAAGAUGGCAGAGGGUCAGGAGGGCUUCAGCCAGAGGCUGGGGCUGCUCUCCUCCAAGUCCUACAUUUGCUCCCACUGCGGAGAAAGUUUCCUGGAUCGUGCUGUGCUUCUCCAACAUCAGCUCACCCAUGGCAAUGAAAAGCCUUUUCUCUUUCCUGAUUGUAGGACUGGGACAGGGGAGGGGGCAGGGGCAAGAGCAGGCCCCAGUCCUUUCCUAACUGGAAAACCCUUUAAAUGCCCUGAAUGCAAAAAAAGCUUUGGUCUUAGCUCUGAGCUACUACAGCACCAAAAAGUCCAUGCAGGCAGGAAAUCCCAGAAGAGUCCUGAGCUGGGGAAGGGGUCUGAGUUGGGAAAGAGCUCUUCUGUUCUUCUGGAGCACCUCAGGAGCCCUCUGGGGGCCAGACCCUACAGCUGCUCCGAUUGCAAGGCCUCUUUCCCUGAUCGGCUGGCUCUCAUGCAGCACCAGGAAACACACACCCAAGAAAAGUCCCUCAAAUCUGGGGACACCCUGCCGGAACCAGCCACCCUGUCCACAAGCCAGGAAGGUAAGGGAGAGGCCUCCAGCCCCACAGGAAGCAGCAGCCACAGAGAAGGGGAAAGCCCCAAAACCCCCUCAGAAGAAAAGCUCUAUUUGUGCCCUGAGUGUGGAGACAGCUUCCCAGAAGUCGCAGCCCUCCUUCUCCACAGAAGCUGCCAUCCUGGUGUUUCCUUGUGAAAUGAGUCUGGAGACCAGGGACCUCUCUUUCCUGAGAGGAACACUGGAUUCCCCUAAAAAUCAUGUGGAGAGAGGAAGACAACCCUGUAGAGAAGUGAAAGAUGAACGCGGGGAAGUGUUUUUUACAUCAGUCAUGAGAAACCCUUUACAAUUAUUGGUGGGAAUCACUUAUAAGGCAGUAGAAAAAAACUGUUGAGUUAGAAACCCUAUAAAUAUAUAGGACAAAAAAGCCCUUUAAGUCUGUAGCAGAAAAACCCUAUCAACCAUAGUGGAUAAAAGCCCUAUUAAUUGUAGGAAGAGGUCUCAGUAAGUCUGUAAGCAACCCCAUAACACUGUAUCAAAAUCCUUGUUAAACUCAUCAAAAUUCUAGAGGAUCAGGAAGGUCAGGGAGUACAACAUGGCCUUGAAUCAGGAGGACAACCCUCAAAAAGUGUCGGAAACACACCUAACACACUUGUCCCACAGUGCCCUCUUCUGCGCGAGUGUGGGAGGGAAUCCCCCUCCCAGCACUGACAGAUGGUUAUACUGAGGAAAAUUCUCAGCUGAAGAAUAGUGUGGGAACAGGUGAAAUGGAAAAGGAAGAAAACAGAAGGAAAGUAAUUGACGAGUCUUUGAACCCACAGAAUAGAGACUAGGAAUAGAAAAAUUCCAGCUGCACUGGAGCAGGGGGGGAGGGCUCCAUGGGACACGAGGCCAAUCUUAGAACUGUAUGUGAGGGAAUAGACCCAUGAAAUUCAUUAUUACCAAAAGCCCAAAAAUAAGGAAAAAAACAAAUUAUGUCAAACCUUUUUAAAGGCUGAAGUUUGGGGUGGAUUUUUUUCUUUAAACUUUAAGAAUACUGAGAAACCAUCACAAUAAUUAGGAGGGAUUUCUGUUAGAUUUGCUUGGAAGAAAGCAGACUAAGGUGGAAAAACUGUUCCAGUGGAACCCAGUAAACUCCAGGCCAGUUUCUCCCCUUUCUGGGACCUUGUUAAACUGCAAGUAUAAGCAGAUCCAGCUCAGGCCAACAGGCAGGACCCUUCUGUCUCCAGCCUAGCUAGAGACAUCUAUUCUUAGAGGCCUCCAGGGUCGGAGGGGGCCUCUGCCACAUUCUCAGGUCUCAUGGUCAGGUUUUUUCCUAAAAUCUAACUGCCACAAGUCUUGCCGCUGUGGCAGUCCAUUUCCUCAAAUUCUAUCCUCAGUGAAGAGGGAGAACUGCUGCUAGUCAACCUCCAAAGAAUAAAUUCCUUCAGAGACUCAUGGCUUGUGUGUGGUUGUCCUCCCUAGACUUCUCUGAACGAGAGUCAUCUGUGGCCAUGGCAAGAUGACAGGAUACAAACCUUGGAUUAGACAGCAACAUGCUUUCAACCUCAGCCUUUCCUGUGCACUGGACCACAGGUCUCUGAAGAGUCCACAGAAGCCUCACCACCUUCCUCAUGCUGGUAUCUGGAACUCGGAGUUGGGAUGACCAGCCUGAUCAUGGCCUUGGAAAGGGACAGAUUCAAGGGCUCCUUUCUCCUUAGCCAGAAAUCUUCUGAGGGAAGCGGAAGGAUGGGAGAUGCUCUCCUGCCAGGCCCAUCUCACAUGACACACAGACACACCUUUCAUAAACUCGGCCAGACCUGCUCAUAUGAGGGGUUGUCUGACAAGAGAGACAGUUACUCUAAAAUGACUGAAGAGAGGGAAUCAUCUCCCACCAGGAUCCCCACCAACCCUGGAGACCCUUGAAGAUGCAGAGGCAUCUGUUCACUGCUGGGUCAGAAAGAAAGUGCUCCCUGACUCAAUGCUAGCACCAGUGACAGACGGGUUUUGAAGUAGAACUGAGAUGCCAAGUGAGAUGGCCCUUCAGGAGUUGUGUAAGAGAGACAGGUGACCUGGAUUCCUGCAAAGCUAUAGAAGAGACCUCGAAUUCCAUGGCCUAACAGUUCAGAAUGUGAAAACUUCACUCUUCAUCUAUCCUUCACCCAAAGGUAUAACUGAGAUUUAAAAGGUUCCAAAUCUAGAACAUUGAGGGAGAAAUGUUCUGGCCUCCUGGGGAGAAGAAAAAUGCAGGCCUUUGUGAUUGUGGGGAUAGCCUUGUUAACAUCCACUUGAAGCCCUACACCACCCAAGUGCCAGCUAGGAAAGCACCCCUGAGGCAGGGAGCCUGGCUAUGAAUCUCUAGUGAUAAGAAGUGUCAGCAGAAUGUCCCUGUAAGAUGAGAUAAGCCCUCCCAGUCUAAGCUGAUUUGUCUCCCUCUAAGAUGGUAGUAGAAACUAAGAUGUAGAGACAAACCCCUUGUAAUACUAGAAGCAGGUUCCCUCAGAUAACAAGCCUUAGAAGCUGUCCCCAGAAAAGUGCUGGGGAGCAUCUUUUGGAGCUCAGAGGUCAGUCUUGUGGAGGUGGUCAGUAUAGUUGAGGCUACCUGUAGCCUAUUGAGGACUAGGGUGUAGCAUACAUAGUAGGAUGCUCGCAUGUUGGGGGGAUGGGUGAGGACUACGAGUCUUGGCUCUGGUACUGAAUGCAGGCACUUGCCCACCAGUAUGACGUGUGGACAGUAUAAUAUAAUUGGAACCUCUCAUCCAACUCCACACCAGCCAGAGCCCUCCCCAGUAGAGGAGCUUGACAACCAGGGAUGAGUCGUCACUGGUGAAACGGGAGGGAAGUAAAUGAUCUUAUCUUAGGGUGAAACUUGAAACUCCUGUGGCUAUGGAGGUCAGAUGGGAACUGGAAAGGACUGGGCAUGAAUCCAGAAAGGGGGGCACUUGAAACCACAACCAAGAGGUUGGGUUCCAUGACCCUGCCCAGGGGGAACAGCUUCCAUAAGCCUUUGCUCCUAUGAGGAAAGCCCUACUCACCUGACUUGUCCCUGUGGUGUGAAAAGGCCCCACUUGUGUUGUGUAUCAAUAACAGUGUUGUACCACUGGUGGUCAUGUUGAUUAGUUGAAGAGAAUAAAGGGAAUAAGAUUUCCCAGA